AUGUCUGCUGCUCUUUCUGAUCUCAAACUAGCCAAGGAAUACAUCGGCAAGCCUGCCAAUUCUCUUCCAUCCCCAGCUUUUAUCGUCGACAAGUCCCGUGUAGCUAAUAAUGUCCGCCGAAUGCUGACGAAGGUCGCGGACCCGUCCAUUGCCGCUGCCCUAGCAACUACGGCCAACCCGACUCGGACACUGACUUUCCGUCCACAUAUCAAGACUCUCAAGUCCUUGGAAGUUACACGUGCUGCACUUGGAUACUCAAUUAAUGGACCGGCGCACGAUUUGGCUGUGGCUGAUCUUCCUAAGUUUGAUGCAGUCGUGGCAUCCACACUCGCGGAAAUCCGCGGCGUAAAGGCUCUAGUCCAGGAGGGAAUCCUCAAAGACAUCAUCUACGGUGUUCCUGUGUCUCGCUCUCACCUCCCAGAGCUUUCUGCUCUUCGCAAAGAAUACUCUGCUCUUAUUCCUGGAUUUAAUCUUUCGCUAUUUGUUGACGAUGUCGGUCAACUCGAGCUCAUUGAUACUGCAGCUAUCCCAGAUGAUUCCCCUUGGCAAGUUGUGGUCAAGAUUGAUGCAGAUGAGCAUCGUGCAGGUGCUCGCGUGGGCACCCCAGAGUUCGAGGCUCUCAUCAAAGAAAUUGAAUCUUCGCCAUUGGCGACUCUCCGUGGAUUUUAUGCCCAUGCAGGAAUGAGCUAUGAUGCUUGGGAUCUUGCUGCUGUUCAACAACACUUGGCUCGCGAGCUUGGUGCCGUUACCGGAGCGGCGACUUCUGCACGCACUAUUUUAAAGUCAGAGUCUCACUCGUUUUUACUUUCCAUUGGUGCUACUCCUACUGCCCAUGCACUUUCCCACCCUGAUGUUCAAGCUCUUGCUCAAACAGGUCUGCACGCUGAUGAUACACUAGAGUUACAUGCUGGCAACUUUGUUGCACUCGAUCUUCAGCAAGUCUCUACCUCACUGGCUGCUCUCGAUGAUGUGGCAUGCUGGCUUCAGGCAGAGACUGUAGGUUAUUACCCGACGCGCGGAGUAUCUGGUGGCCCCGAGUAUCUUUUGAAUGCUGGUGUGUUGGCGUUGACCAGAGAACCCGGGCAUGGUGAUCCUUCAAAAGUCGAAAUGGCUCGUGGGCUUGCGCGUGCACGGGUUCCUUGGGAAGCUUCUACAACAGGUUGGGUCAUUUCUAGAGUUUCGCAGGAGCAUGGAAUUUUAGAGCGUGUCGGUCCCGUAACUGGGUCUGAGUCCGAGGCUGAACUCAAGCCAUGGAAGUUGGGUGAUAAGGUUGCAUUGUACCCGCAACAUGCGUGUAUCAUUGCAGCCAUGCACAAGUUCUACUUUGUGGUUGAUGGUGGGGAUACCGUUGUUGAUGUUUGGGAGCCUUGGAAGUUUUGGUAA